AGAUCGGCCUCAGUCGCUGGCGGGAGCUUGAAAAUGUGAAGUCGCGCUCAGGAAUUCGGCCGGUGGAAUUGCCAUAUCAAACUGGAAUUGGCAAAACAUCCGCCCCAACCUAUCUGUGAUUAUAUAGUAGCCAUCUAACGAAUAAAAUUGUUUUAAAUUAGUGCUGAUAAUCCCUGUAACAAGCAAAAAACAAAGAAAACUGCCGUAUAAAUUGCACAAACCCCAGAUCAGCUAAUCAGUCUAAUCAAGGUAACAUGAAAUCCACAAUUUCUUUGCUGCUGGUCGUCAUCUGCACCGUGGUCCUGGCCGCGCAACAGAGCCAAGCGAAAAAGGGAUGCCAGGCCUACGGUCAUGUGUGCUACGGCGGUCAUGGCAAGCGCUCCCUGAGUGCCGGAUCCGGGUCAGGAACCGGAGUGGGAAUGGGCGAGACAGCCUCCGGAGGCCAGGAGCAGGACUACGUGCGUCCAAGUGGACUGCUGCCCAUGAUGGCGCCGAACGAACAGGUUGCGGUGGCGCCCGAGGCCGACUUUAAUGACUAUCCAGCACGUCAGGUGCUCUACAAAAUCAUGAGAUCAUGGUUUAACCGGCCACGACGACCGGCCGCCCGUAUGGGUGAACUGGAUUAUCCUUUGGCCAAUUCCGGCGAAUUGAAUGCAUUGAACUAAGACCGGGAAAUAUAUCAAAAAUUCACAUUUCCAUGACCUACUGCGAAAACAACAAAAACAGACCUCAAAAACGAGAGCAACAACAACAUCAGCAGCAACAGCAACAUAUGAAUUACUUAUGAAUGUUAAUUACUUUUGCAACUUGUAUAAAAUGUUUGAUAAAUGUCUACACAUACCAAGCAGUCAAUUUUCAUGCUAAUUGCAUAAACAUCUAAUCAAAAAAAACGCAACUGAAAUUUUUAGGGGCUGGUAAGGAUUUCAGUUUAAAAAAAAAAGGAGUUGACGACGAAGAAUAAAUUGAUGAAAGCGGCAAGAUAGCGUGUUUCAAUGUUUAUAACAAAA